CUAAUCGGCUUGGAAAUCACGUGACCUGUAUUGGGUAUUUACAUGCGAUUCAAGAUGGCGGACGUUGGUUCGAAAGUGGAGUGUUGUUGUUGCAAAAAUCAUGUAAAAUGCUGUGUUUGCUUUAGCAAUGCCGAAUUAUCGUGGUCAAAAUCAUUAAGAAGUGUUCCGAAAGCUACUCCUGCUACCUUGACARAUUGGAUGAGUCAGUGUGGCAGAAAAAAUACCAGCGAAAAAAGUUACAAAUUCUUCCGGGAAGGCUACAUCCAUGAUAUGUAUGCUGCACAUCGUAAUGGUCAAGACCACUGCUUUAUCAAAUCCCGUUGCUAUCGAUCGUUAAAAAAGAGUGAAGAUCCACAUUAUUUGAUAGUCAUGCUAAAGGAAAACAAAGAAAACAUCGCUAACGUUGAAAAGGCUCAUUGUACUUGUAAAGCCGGCAGUGGCGGUCAUUGUAACCACGUGUUUGCCCUACUGUAUCAAUUAAACGAUUACUCAUGCUUGAAUGUUAAAGAUAUCCCAAGCAAUGCUACUUGUACAAGUUUGCCACAGCAAUGGCAUAUUCCAAGAGCAUCAAGCAUCAGUCCCUUGCCAGUAAUGGGAACUCAUUUUGCUUGUGCCUCUACUGAUCGCGACGGAAACAGAGCAAGAGAACCUGUAAGGUGUAAACUUUAUGAUGCCCGCGCUCCAGAAUUCAGGACUGGAUUGAACAAUGUAAAUAUUAUGGAUCAGGUCAGUUAUCUUAAGCAAAUGGACAAACCCCCUCCAUUUUCAUAUUUACUAUCAGAUCAGGAGUCUGUAUUAGAAGUAAAUACAGUGUUUGGAAAUGUUCCUAUUGGUUCUUAUUUGUCAUACCAACUUCAGGAUUUUGGUCGCCCCAACACUCUCUUUGUAACAAACAAUAUUCGUUUUGAUUUGCCUUCAGAUGAAAAAUGCACAGAAUACCCUGACAUUCCUGUCUAUAACUCUGGAGACUCCCUGAACUUGUUUGAUCUAGACAGCUUACAGUCUCCAAUUGAAAAAUAUUUUUUUGAAGAUCACAUAUUAAGAGUGUGUCCACGAGAAAACCAGGCAGUGGGUGCUACAUGGGGGUCAGCCGAUUCUCCUGAAACUUGGCACACUUAUUGCAUUUAGUAAGUUAUUUGACAUUCUAUAUUUUUUUUGAGAUCGGUCAAAAGGGGGGGAAGUUAGGCUCCCCCCUGGAAAAUGGCCAUUUUUAGCACAAAAAUUGCACAAAUUAACCUCAACUUUGCAGAAGCAUAAAAGUGUAACGGUUAUUCACAGCAACCUCAAACUUCUUGACAUACAAGAUAUACAUAUCAGUUACUGAUAUCAGGUAUACAGAUGGAAACAUCUGUCAAUCCGUUGCCAUGGCAACCACAUGACUGAACACAAAAAUUUCCAAUUUUGAAUUUA